CAUUAUUUCUGUAACCAACUACCCUGUCAAAUUGCGAUUGGCAGUGGGAAAAGACUGCGGUCAGUUGCUUGAUAAACAAUCACAAUCAUUAAUUCCUCUUUGGGAUUUACAAACGAAGAGACAAACCAUUCAUAUGGAGAGUAAGAUGCUUGAGAAGAAAUCUCAGUUGCAACAAGAAACAACUGAUAGACUAAUUGAAAAAGAUCUAUCGGAUGAGUCAUAUGCAAAGAAUUUAAGACAAAAGCGAUUUUACAAGCCUCAAGAAACAAUUUUAGAUUUCGAAAAAAAUCCGUUUAUAGUCAAAGAAAACAAAGAUGAGCAUCGAAAAUGUAAUGAAGAUAUUACCAAAGAAAGUCUUGAAAAUGAUGAGGAUGAAGUGGAAGUUGCCAUUAUGUCGAAUAUAUCUUGUGAUAUUGAUCAUGAGCAUAUAAUUACAUAUAAUACUUCAUCUGAGCCUGAGUUCACUAGCAAUAUUUGGAUGCCUGCCUUAUUGAUCUUGAGUCAAUUGAAUUUAUUCGAGGUGAAGGCAGUUCUCGUGCUUCAAGUCUGUGAAAAAUCUGUAAAAGAAAAUGUCUAUAGGUUAAAAAGAUUAUGGGACGUAAAUGUGACGGGAUUGCUUGGGAUUUGA